AUUUCUCGGGACUAUUAAUCGACCAGAUCCGACUUUCGCAGUGAAUGUAGCGAGCAAAUACUUGAACAGUUAUGAUGAGAGUCAUUGUCAAGCCGUCGUACGCAUUAUAUUAAUUCUCACUGAAUUGAAACAGGGCAAGUGGCUCCUGUAACUGGUCGUAAAAUCUUAAAUUACACGGUUUUCUGUAGACAAUCCAACAUUGUAACACCAGAUGACUCCCGUGUGCCAACAGAUUUCUCUGUAACCAGUGUCGAUACUCUUUUGUUUAUGUUCAUAUUGUUAUGUUUAUGCCCAGGGAUGAUGUAGCGUAGGGUCGAGGCAAUAUUGGAAUAUGGAAAUGGUUUGAUGUACUGAACGACGUAGAGUCUUAAAGAAUUUGCGUCCUCGGUGUCUUUUUCAGAAUGAACUUCGUUGUUGGCGGUAUCAACAGCUUGCGAUCUGUCGCAGCACCACUGUUAUCCGGUGCAGUUAAAACCUGCUCAAGAUCGAUGGCAAGUCUGCAGCAGAUGCACAGGACAGGACCUCAUUUUAAAACACGACCACCUCGGCAGCCAUUGGACGGAAAACCAUUUGCAAAGGGUGUUGUGUUGAAGACACUCAUCAAGAAACCAAAGAAACCUAACUCAGCAAACAGAAAGUGUGUCCUUGUACGAUUAUCUACAGGGAAAGAGAUGGUUGCGUAUGUGCCAGGAGAAGGACACAAUCUGCAGGAGCACAAUAUAGUCCUCUGCAGAGUUGGCCGGCUCCAGGAUGUUCCCGGAGUGAAGAUCAAAUGUGUCAGGGGCAAAUACGACCUGUCACAUGUAUUGAAGAAAUAAUUUCUUACUUGUUGCUUUUAGAUUGUGAGUUGAAGUUGACUUGUAUAAUACUUACUGGCUACCAAACAUUGUGGAAUGUGUUUUCUGGGAAAUGUGUUUAUAGACUGUAAAUAGUCUGAGAGAGAAACAAUAACUUCAACUCGGGCACCUUUUCGAAACACAUUUUUGCUGCCAGUGGAGAACCUGUCUAAUAAAUUGAAGAGCGUCAAGAACUAAAUUGUAGACUUUUUUGAAUAAAUGACUUCCUCAAAAA